AAAAUUGUACGGACGGAUAUUCCAUGGAAACGACGCUCUGUUUUCUUAACAUGUUUCUGGAUCUGAAGGGGGAUAGUUUGUAGGUUUUUCGUGCGAUAUCCAAAUUUCAAUUACGAAGAAAUGAUUUUGAUUUGAAAAAAAAUCAUUUCGAUUUCUCUUUUUGGCUGUUUUCGCUUUCUGGUUAUACUUUAGGAUUUUUUUUUUUUUUAAUUUUAAAUGUUCCAAAUCUGACAGCCAUGAGGAAGAAGCUAGACACCCGUUUCCCAGCUGCCCGCAUUAAAAAAAUAAUGCAAGCUGAUGAAGAUGUUGGGAAGAUAGCACUUGCGGUCCCUGUUUUAGUUUCUAAAGCACUGGAAUUGUUUUUGCAAGACCUUUGUGACCGUACAUAUGAAAUCACCCUUCAGCGAGGAGCAAAAACUAUGAGUGCGUUGCAUUUAAAACAUUGUGUCCAGAGUUAUAACGUCUUUGAUUUUUUGAGAGAAAUUGUCAGCAGGGUUCCUGACUAUAGUCAUGGUCAUUCUGAUAACACUGCAGAUCAUAGAACACAUCAAAAGAGGAAGCCUAUUGGGGAAGAAUGCAAUGACAGUGAUGAAGAGUUGAAGAGAAGCAGGAUGCAUGAGGUGAUGAGCCAUGCAGGCAGCAGUGGCAGAGGGAGAGGCCGUGGUCGAGGAAGGGGCCGAGGACGAGGUGCUCGAAAUGUGGAACGAGAGUCUUCUCAUCGUGAGAUUGAAUCUGAACCCAGUACAACUCUUCAGCAGAACUUAAAAAAUAACUCAAAUCCUGGAACGGUGGUAGAUAAUGAUUCAGAACAGAAGGAAUUGUUGGAGGAAGAUAUGAUUGUCAGUGAUGGUGCCAAUGCAUCAGAAAGAAACUUUGAUCUGAAUGCUGACGUGAACGAGAAUGAGGACACAAAAGCUGCUACAGUAGCGGCAGCAACAGCACCAGUACCAGCACCAGCAGCAGCAGCACCAGCAGCAGCACCAGCAGCAGCAGUAGCAGCAACGGUGAUUGAUAACUCUUCUGCGGCUCCUGCUGCUGCAACUAAUCAUGAAGAAUAUCCAGGUUGGUCACUCUCUGAAAUGGACAAGAUGGCCAUUGACCCUCUUCAGCUUGCAAACCUUGGAACAAGAAUAGAUGAGGAAGAGGAGGAAGAUUAUGAUGAAGAAGGCUAAUAUAUCAUUAGUGGAAGCUUCUAGUAACUGGUUAGUGGUUGGGAUGAUUAGUGGAUGUGAAUACAAGGAGAGGAAAGCAGCAUAUGGUGAAGACCAGAAAGACAAGUACCCAUUGGAGAAUGAACGUUUGAUCUCUGCCUUUCCGGGAAAGGCUGAAAUGAUAAGAUAGUUUAGGUUUUUCUCCGUAUCUCGUUCAUCUCCUGCCAUGCUGUCUUCUAACAACCCUUUGCAGUAGUUGACUUGCUCAGAACAUUACAUUUGUGUGAUUUGAAUAUCUAAUGUAGGAUGAAAGUAGCAGCCUUAGUAAAAGUAGCUGUUUAAGAUUGUUGUGUUGA